AUGCAGUCUGCCAGCUAUACGCUGGCCGAUCUGGCCAUGGCACUCUGGAAGAAACUGAACCUGGCGGUGCUGGGCUGGAUCUUCAUCAACGCCACGUUAGGUUGGUUGAUCGUCAAAAUUCCUCAAACAUGGUGCCUGUGCGUGUGCUACGUGCAAUGCACUGCAUGGUGCAGAGUUCUGCUGGCGAUGGGGCUCUACUACUGCGGCCUGCGCGCCACCAGCGCCGCCUACGCCGUCGACUUCCUCAACCUCAUCCCGGUCGCCACAUUUCUCAUCGCCGUCGCGCUUCGGGCGGAGCGCCUCUCCCUCGCCGGCUGGCCGGGUAGGACCAAGCUCCUUGGCGCCGCCGCGGGCGUCGCCGGCACCAUGGUCGUCAGCCUCUGCAAGGGCACCCACCUCCACCUCCCGCACCUGCGGGUAUCCCACUCCCACGGCGCCAAACCUGUCACCUCCGUCCAUGGCAGCCAGAACAUGGUCGUCGGCACGCUGUUCCUGGUGGGCAGCUGCGUGAGCUACGCGCUCUGGUUCGUUGUCCAGGCCAGAGUCGCCGUCGUGUUCCCGUCGCGGUACUGGACCACGACCCUGACCUGCGCUGCCGGCAGCGUCCAGUCCGCCAUCGCGGCCGUCGUGGUGGCCGCCCUCAGCGGCACCGGCGCCGGCGGGGCGUUGACAUUGGAGGCGUGGAGGCUGCGGUGGGACGUGCAGCUGGCCACGGUGGUCUACUCCGGGGUGUUCAACACGGGGGUGACGUUCGUGCUCGUGUCCUGGGCGGUGGCUCGCCGCGGGCCCGUGUACCCGCCCAUGUUCAACUCGCUCUCGCUGGUGGCAACCACCGUGGUCGACGCCCUCGUGCUCGGCACCGAGGUCUACCUUGGCGGCGUGCUCGGGGCGGCGCUCGUCGUGUUGGGGCUCUACGCCUUCCUCUGGGGCAAAGGCAAGGAGCUCGCAGCCGCCAGGGCCAAGGAGCUGGGGCGGUCGCCUGGAGACGACGACGAUGGCGGCAUUGCUUAGCGCGACAUUGACCGAGCAAGAAAAUAAUUUAGCUAAAAACCUAGUUGAGGAUUUAGAUUGUCUCCGCUCGAGU